UUUGCUUCCCUUUGCUUCCCAGAGCAGGUGAAUGAGUUGGUGGCUCUGAUCCCCUACAGCGACCAACGGCUUCGUCCCCAGAGAACGAAGCUCUACGUCCUGCUCUCGGUGCUGCUCUGCCUCCUGGUCUCCGGGCUGGUGGUUUUCUUCCUCUUCCCACACUCUGUCCUGGUGGAGGAUGAUGGGAUCAAAGUGGUUCAGGUGUGGUUUGACAGGAAGAACUCCGCUGUCCUUCUGGCCAUCACGGGCACCUUAAGGAUCAGGAACUCCAACUUCUACUCGGUGGCAGUGGCCAGCCUGACCAACCAGGUGCAGUACAUGAACACGGUGGUGGGCACCCAGCAGGUCACCAACAUCUCCAGCAUCCCACCCCUGAGUGACAAACUGGUGAAUUUUACUGUGAAGGCAGAGCUGGGUGGAGCCUUCUCCUACGUGUAUUCCUUCUGCACGUACCCCAAGGUGAAGGUCCAUAACAUUGUGGUCUUCAUGAGGAGCUCGGUGAAGUUCUCCUACGUGGGACACACGACCCAGAGCUCCGUGGAGCGGUACCGGUACGUGGAUUGCAGCUCCAACUCCACGGACCCUCUGGCACCUGGGGCAGCCUGAAGGCACAGCUGGGAUUUCUAGAAGGGCACAGACACCUUUAACUGGAAGCAGUGACCCUGGUGAGAGGCACUUGGAAGCUCUGGGUCCCUUUUGUGCC